CAAUUUAGAUGUAUGAGUUAAUGUUGUGCAUUGAUGAAGUGUCAAAUAUUCUGUAUAUCGUCUGUUUACGGAGGAUGCUAUAAUAUUGGUCCACAAAUUGUCUAAAAAGAUAUAGAGGAUAUUGUUUUAAUUCAGUUGACUAGUGUGAAUUCCAGUGACCAUUCGUGCGACUGAACCAGCAACUUGUGUGAGACUGAAAGGCAUGCAGUCGAACAACAUCUGAAAAAUGAUUAAAGACUGUGUGUACUGUGUAAAUUCAAGUAACCAAGAGAGCAAUUUCAUGUAAACAAUGAGAAAAAAUAUAUAUCCGACUCUAGAACACACUUGCAAAAUGUUGAUGUUGUUAUGCCUGAUAGCUACUGCCCUACCUUUAACUCUUGUGGAAGGCGCGGAAAAGUAUUGCGUGGCGGCCUUGAAAAGACCUGGGAUAGAUUGUUUCUACGGUUCAACGGUACUCGGAUUCGUGCGAAUGCUUAUCAACUAUAAUCUCACUCCAUCUUCUACCGAAAUUUGUUGUCAAGCCCGAGCCUGCUCGUACGGAGGAUGUUUGUUUGUGGACAUCGGGUGUCAUAACCAUGGCGUGUCGAAACAAUUGAUUUGGGAGUUACCAAAUAAAGAGCCUAGCAUGAGCUGUUACACGUCCACUGGUACGGGCUGGGGCCGUUCCUAUAAAUAUACAGCGGCAGUAACAAGGAGAACAUAUUAAUCUUAUCCCAGGAAAAUUCCAAAAUAAUUUAUUACCUUUUCUUGUUUAUUAUCAAAAUAUCUUUAAGUUUAAAAAUGCUGCGAAAUUAUUAUUCUAAGAACCAAUUUGUAAUUCAUUUCUUGAUGCAAAUGUUAAUAAAAAUGUAUUAAGAGCAAAUAUAAAAUUAAUUAAAAUCUGGCUUUUUAAUAUUGUGUUGAAUGUGAAACAUUCCUCACAUUUGUCCUAAAAUUUACAUAAAGAAAAGUCUAAA